AAACAAUGUCUGACCGACACACAACAUCCGGCACAUCUCUGCGGAGAAGUGGAAAUUGUGGAGGGAAACGAGGACUCUCGAACAAUAUGCGAUGAUCGAUGGCGAACUAUCGCUACUACACCAGGCGAUUCCGGCGCAUCGCGGCAACACCUACCUUUCAGCUCGUCGCGGUCUGCCUAUUCUUGAUCUUUGGGAUCAAUUGGGUUAUCAAGCAUAAUCAUGACGAUGAUGGAGACCAUUUGCCUUCGGCACGCCCUACAACCACCGUUGAGGAUGAGAGCAUAGACUGGAGCAAGUUAUACUAUGUUCAAUAUGCUACUUCUCCGGAAUACUUGUGUAAUGCCCUCAUGGUAUGGGCACAGAUUGAAGAUAUUGGCAGUCGGGCGCAGAGAAUGAUGCUCUAUCCCUCAACCUGGAACCCUGACGAGAUUGACGAAUACUCCCCUUCACUCGACUACACUCCCAUCGCUCGUCUCCUCCAAGAAGCUCAGUCAAAAUACUACGUGAAACUCCAGCCUGUGGAUAUUAUGCAUCGCAAUGGUACUCUUCAACCUACAUGGGCGGAUUCAUACACCAAGCUCCUCGCCUUCAAUCUCACCCAACUCGACCGUGUACUAGCUCUAGACUCCGACUCCAUGGUCCUCAAGAAUCUCGACUCCUUAUUCCUCCUUCCCAAAUCUCCAGUUGCAAUGCCAUACGUAUACUGGGGUGCUCCUACAGGAUGGGCGUUCAGUUCCCAAAUGCUCCUGGUAACACCCUCCGCUACCACAUUCUCAGAAAUCGAAUCCGCAAUUCAAAAUGCUAAGGAAGAUGAAUACGACAUGGACAUUAUCAACAAGCUCUUCAACCACCAUAUCCUCAAGAUUCCACAACGACCUUACAAUCUAUUAUCAGGAGAAUUCCGUCGCUCUUCGCACGCUGCAUAUCUUUCCUCUCGCACCAAGAAAUGGGACCCAGACGAGAUCUUCGCUGAUGCGCAUUUCCUCCAUUUCUCCGACUGGCCUAUCCCGAAGCCGUGGAUGGUGGCCCCGAAAGAGUUACUCAAUAAACAUAUGCCGAAGUGUCGGAUGAGCGAGUGGUUUGGAGCUACAGACUGUAGAGAUCGUGCUUUGUGGCUGAAGCUCUAUUGGGAUUUUGCUGUGAGGAGGAAGAGCGUGUGUGGGAUUGGGUUUGAGUUACAGAGUCAGGAAUUGCCGGAAGACAGUAUUUAUCGGCAUGGCAGGUGGUAUCAUCCUGAUGAGGUUGGAGGCUCGGAGAAGAGGUAGGAUAUGGAAUGGUAUUAGAUUUAAUGUUAAAUAAUACCCGAUGUAUAAGAUAUGAUCUUGAAUAUAUGAUGCUUGCAACCAUU